CUAGAACUUUAUAAUGUUAUAUCCAGUGAGAGAAAUUAUUCUGCUGCUGUGCAUCAUCGCAUCUUCAUACGUAUUUGCUCUUGAAAAAGCGAAAUUCAGCAAAGAAUUAUCAAUCAACGUACCAAAUUCGAUUACUCUUCCUUAUGGCAAUCAACUAUAUACAGUAUCUAAAAAUCGAUCACACGUGAACAUCGAAUCUAUGGAUGAAAAUUACAAGCCAUGCGCCAUCAGAGUCGACGCGUUCGACGACUUGAUCCGCGGCAAGAUGCGAGCUUUUAGUUUCGACUCGGAAAUCUUUUUAUGGGGUGAACGUAGCAAACAGAUCGCCCGCAGCGCAACAAAAUUCUCGAAUUACACACUUUUGUUGCUGAAUCCAAAUACUUGCAAUUACUUGUCGGCAUCGAUUAACGAGCAAGACGAGAUGCCGGCAGUUGGCGAGCAAUUACCCGAGGUCGUAAACUAUGGCGACAAAUUUGACGUUUUCUUUCCUAGUUUGACAAAGUGCUCACCAUGUCGAUAUAAUCAGUGGGGUGUUAAAGAUGAUCCUUCGCAACAACCGCUGAAUAAACUCAGAGCCGAAGAACCGCAUUCCUCCAUAUUUUUUCACAUACGUUGGAUGAAUCCUGGCUACUUUUAUGUUUUUAAUUUUGAAAAUGGGACUUCCGUGCUGAGAUAUUUGGAUCAAGAAUUUUUCACUCUGAAGGAGAAGUACGUUGAUCGUACGGUCGACGUCAUAUCAAAUACCGUCAACAAGACUCGAAAUGUUGGUGUAUGCUAUAGGAGAUCCCAUCCAGUGAGCCCGGAGAUCUUUUGCACAAAGCUUAAUUCGCAAUUGCAUUCUUUGGAUUUCUUCCGAGUACCUGUAUCAAAAAGCUCCAGUGUGUCUAGCAUGUCGUUCGAAUACGACAAGAAAGGCCAUUCGUUCGUUGGUUUGGCAGAGUACAAACAAUACGAGCUUUUUAUCUAUGAUAAAAAUGGUCAACUUGUUAAAUCUCUUGAUUUUGGUAAAGCUGUACCAAAUUAUCUGCCCUCGGAAGUACACGGACACGUCGUUGGCAACCAGUAUUGCCUUAUCAUUGACGAAAAUCAGCUGGAUGCUGUUGCGGCACAACGAAUUGUCAAGUGUAUUGAUAUCAAUAAGUACGUUGCGUAAGAAAACUCUAAUUUAGCGUUUUGUACAUAAUGCCUCGCAGAAAAAUAUGUUUACGUAGAAUUUGAAGUUGGAGGCACAUAUCAAUACAAUUUUUAACAUCAGUGUUUAUAUAAUAACGUUGAUUUGAAAUUUGAUAGAGUAGGCGAAAAUGGGAGAGUAUGGACCAUCUAAAAUUUUAACAAACCUGUAAAUUAGGAAACACUUAAAAAAUUUUGAAAGCCAUCGUAUUUGUCAGUCCUUCAGUAACGAAAUCCUGCGAUUAAUUUUUUUCUAAACAUUUUUAAAUAACAAAAAUUUUUAUUCUACACAAGUAUCCGCAAACGCGCUUUUGACAUAGGUGGUGGUAUGACGGGCUACCCAAAAAAUUGUUCCACAGUUUGUAUAAAAUGAUAAUAUUAUUUAUUCUUAAUAGAUAUUUAUACUAUAAAUUCCCCUUAUAAUUAUUUGAAUUAUCGUGAUUACACACAAAUUUAUUUUGCUAUUAUAUCUAAUAAAUGCCUAUCUUCCGGAAUAAACUCAUCAUAAAUCUAUACAGUAUAAAUUUUUUCUGCUGUUAAAAAUACCUGUAUAAAUUCUAUAUUAAUAAUGCAUGAUAACUGAUAAGAUAUUGAUAACUUGUAAAAUUUAUGUAAAAUUCAUACAAAAUUCGUAUACAUUUCGUGCCUCGAUUGUCCGAAAAUUAGUAUGCAACAUUUGUACGAAUUUUGUAUGGAUUUCAUAUGAAAUUCGAAUAAAUUUUAUCGGACUUUCAUAAGAAUCUUAUUCAAAUAUUG